AUGACUGAUGCACUGGAGGCUGAGCCUUCUCCUGAUUGGAUAGAGAAAAUCAAAUCAGGGGGAGCUGUUCCUCAUCUUGAGCCUGACAACUGUCCCAAUGGUUGGGCCUCCCCAGAGGGAGACAUCUUCAUGGUUCGAGGCCCUGACUAUCUUUCCUCCAGGGUGAAGAUCCCUGGUGGCGAUUACCUUCUUAAGCCUCUUGGAUUUGACUGGCUGAAGAGCAGCUCGAAGAUCAGUGAGGUGCUUAACGACCCAAAUUCUCGGGUCAGAAGGGCCAUUGAUGCAGAUCCUGUGAACAAGCAUUUCGUCUGGGCUUUCAACCUGCAAGUCCCAUGCAAGGAUAACCACAGUGCGAUCUUAUACUUUGUUUCGACUGAGCCCACGCCAGAAGACUCUCUCAUGGACAGAUUUCUGAAGGGAGACGAUGCAUUUCGGAAUUCAAGGCUUAAAUUGAUCGCAAACAUCGUUCAGGGGCCGUGGAUCGUGAGAGCUGCAGUUGGCGAGCAGGCCAUCUGCCUUAUUGGCCGGGCUAUUUCUUGCAAGUAUAUCAUCGGUGAAAACUUCAUUGAGGUUGAUAUUGACAUUGGGUCAUCAAUGGUGGCCAAUGCUAUUGUGCACUUGGCCUUUGGUUACAUUACGACUCUAACAGUAGACCUGGCAUUCCUCAUUGAGAGCCAGGCCGAGUCGGAGCUCCCUGAGAGGCUAUUAGGCGCCGUGAGGAUCUCAGACCUGCAGCCAGAUUCUGCUAGUCUGUAUGAGCUACCAUCUGAAGAGCAGGCCGGAGAUAUGCAGUCCUCCCUCCCUUCAAGGCUGUGGAAAUCAAUUGGCGAGGGUUUCUCUCAGCUUCUUCACCCUGGUAGUCAAGAUACAGCGGGGAUGCCUGUGGAGGGGAAUGGAAAUGGGAAUCACCAAGGCAAAGACAGCAAAACGGAGGAAAGCAGCGAUGAGGAUGACUUUGAGGAUGCUGAAAACUAG